AUGACCACGCCCACAGACGUCACACGGACUUUCGGCGACUGCAUCGAGAUCUUGUGGUGGGGAUGGAAUGCUACCGUUUAUCAAAAUGCCUCCGGCAUGCUUCUAGGUCGAGGAGUGCCAAACCCUCUUGUUCAUGAAGAGGGGGGACGAGACCAAGUAGACGCUGCCAGGCCUAUCAAAAUCCUUGGCUUUAGACACCCUCAAGCUUUCCUCAACGCCGAUGGCUAUGUUGUAGCAAUGGAAAAUGGAACGACGUCAAUACGUUCUUGGGACGAUGUUGUCGUCACAGAGCUGGGAGCGUGCUAUGCGUACCAGAAGGGAUUAGGCGUGUUCUACUUUGACACUCUCAAUCACUUGCUACUCGACCAAAAUCCUUUCGGACCGUUCAAACACCCGUUAAUUCGUCAAGAUACACCUCUAAAGCUCUAUGCGGCAGAAUCUACCGUCUAUUUCCUUACGCAACAUGGAACUUGUCAUGUUCUCGAGGCAGUCGACGCUCGUGCAUUGCCGCCAGCUUUAAAAAGCACAUGCCCGGAUCCAGUUCAGAUUCAGUUGGUAGAAGAGUUAGAAGGGCUAGGGGUGACUCACAUUGUACCGGGCUCUUCCAACCGCUUCGCGGCUCUGACUGAGGCAGGGGAUGCCUACAUUCUUGCACCCAAAAUGAAUCUGGAACUUCUAGACGUGGGAGAUGAUGUGCGGCUUGUGGGUGUAGGGUCCGACUUUGAUGUUGUCGUGACAAAAGACAAGAUAUUUGUGCGAGGCUCAAGUGAGUGA